AUGCAAGGAGAAAGUGUGGAAUUCACACAGAAAGUUAACUCUCUCAGUCUCACUCACUCAGAGGUCUUCAACAAAGAGAUGCAUGCAAUGUGGGUUUCAUUGACGGAAAAUAUCAAGUGUGGAACCAAGCUUUCAGAUGUUGUUGGCCUGCGAGAAAGAUGUGACAGAAGUAGGAACUCCGGGGAAGCGAGUUCGGAUGGUGAACUUGUACUUGCUCAUGGGAAAGAUACCCCAUUCCGGGAACUGAUGUACCAUCCAAGCUACACACAGGCACAGCUCUUUGCCAGCUAUCUGGACAGUUCCUCUAAAACUAUCUUUAUAUUUGCCAAAUGGUAUGAACUAGAGUUUGUGAACCUAAAUUUUCAUCUUGUCUUCCUACCAGAGCUAAGCAGUGGAGACCCUUCAAGGGAUAUCAUUGAGAUGAUUGUUCGAAAAGCAUCAAUGAAUCCUUCAAAGCCAUCAGGCAAGAUCAAAACUGUCUUGAGGGUGAAGAACUCCGUAGAAACACUUGAAAUGUUUGAGAAGUACAGAGAGAAGGUAAAGAAGGUGGCCAAAGAGAGAUGCAUGAGGCACCCAAGAAUCACAGUGGAUGGAAAUGAGCUUAUGAGAUUCUAUUGCACAACAAUGGCCUGUUGCAAUGUAGAGUCAAGGAGAGUCCCUGAGCUUUGUAAUGGUCCAACUUGUCGAGUGUGCAGAUUAAUUCAUUCGAGCUUUGACACGGAAUAUGUAUUGGAGAAUGGUAUUCAAUUGAGUACAAGUAGUGAAAACACCAUUGCAGUUACAAGGGCAAGCAAGGCAAAGAGGGCAGUAAUAGUUUGCAGGACAAUUGCAGGGAGCAUUGUUAAUGUGGAUGACCAGGAAUAUGACGAGUCUGAAUCAAUUGGAAACCGAAAUUUGCAUUCUACCACCACAGAAUAUCUACUAGUGCAGAAUCCCAGUGCAGUACUUCCCUGUUUUGUUAUAGUUUUUAACUGA